AUGAGGUCAGACUCUUCGCUGGAGGUAGCCGCCAAUGAUCCUGGAAUGGAGGCGGAACCAUCGGCUUCCGAGCCAAUCUCAGCUGCCUCGCUGAGGUCGAAGGGCCAAGGGGAAAGAUCUUUUUUCUGGCGGUGGCUCAGCCAAUCCGAUGCCGAAAGUGAAGAGGCGCUACCCCGAAGGUUUACUUCCGGGUUUGAGUGCAUGUGUGGGGAAUGAGCUCUCAAAGGGGAAACGUGGUUCGCACGCGGCCGCAGCGGCACCAGAAUGCGGAGGUCUUCAGAAAUGAUAAACACGACACGAGCGCCCAUCGCAAGAAAAUUAAUGCAAAACUACAUGAAGGUUUGUGUCAACAUUGUAAAGAAGUCUUAGAAUGGCGUGUGAAGUUCAACAAGUACAAACCACUAACUAAACCUAAAAAAUGUGUGAAAUGUCUACAGAAGACUGUCAAAGAUUCUUACCACAUAGUCUGCAAACCAUGUGCUUGUGAACUGGAGCUGUGUGCUAAGUGUGGGAAACAAGAGACAAUAGUUAUUCCGAUUCAGACGAGUCCAGUGAAGACUGAGGAACAGGCAGCCCAAAAUGAUGAGCAGAAGAGCACAAGAGAGACCCUUGAGGGUGGUGGUGAAUUAAACUUAGGAGGUGGCUUGGAAGAUGAUCUGGAGUUACUCAUGCAACGGAUUAAAAAUUUGAAACCUGAAAAAACAGAAGUCCAGUGACCUCUUUGCAAAGAAAGUUCUGAUAAGAAUUGAAUUUCUUGCCAGAAGGCCGUAUGUAAGACUGUUGCCUUUCACUGUGAAGGAAUUAAUAAAAGACAUCUGAAGAUAAAAAUAACCAUGCUGGAUCAAACCAAUGGUCCAUAUAGUACAGCAUCCUGUUUCCAACUGUGGCCAUUCAUUUAGUUAUCAUGACUACUCAGCAAUGAUAGACCUGCCCAGUCUCCUUUUAAAAUGCAUCUAAAUCAGUGCCCAUCACCACAUCUUGUAGCAGUGAGUUCUGUGGAUCAAUGGCCUGUUGUGUGAAAUAGUCCUCUUCUUCCUGCCAAUUGAGAAUAGUUUGCAGCAAACUAAUGAGGCUAUGCUGCCUUAAAGGUCUUAUUAACAAAAUCUGUUAGAGGAUUCUAUUACUUAAUAAACCUUUCUUUUACUAAAUUGUCGUCUGAAUGAAGUAAUGCUGUACAACUUGACUGUGCUUCCUCCCCUUUAAUCCUUCUGAUUAUCAUGCUGCCAUACACCAUGUCAUCCAGCUACCUUUGGCUUAACAGCCUCCCCUCUUUAUUGGGUAAGUGAAUGUCAUCUUUCAAAUUCUUUUCUUUACUUGAUUAAUUUUGUGAGAGGGUUUUUCUCCUUAAACAUUGAAACUCUACUUCUUGUACACUUCCAGUCAUUUUUUACCCAGUGACUAGAACAGCUGGAUCAGAACAAAGGUCUAUCUUUAAAGAGGAUGUUGUAUGAAUGUUGGUCAGCAAGAUGCUAUUGAGAAACCCACAAGCAGUCUCUGAAAUGGUCAGGAAAACAGUAAAACAAGAGGGCAAGAGCGCAAGCAUUUCAUAUACUACCUAGUUGAUGGGUUCUAACAAUAUGUUAAACAACCAUGGCAAUGGCAGUGAUAUUAGGGAACCAAAUGUUUUAGGGCCAUGAGGGAGUAAUCUUAUUGAUCAUGUUGAAGUGAGUUUUAGAAAUGACCUUUAUCAGUGAUUAGUUGUUUUUGUAGAACGGGAUACUACAUCCAUUGGGACUAAGGCAACAGCUACAUAAGGGCUUCUUCUGCUGAGAAGGAGAAUAGCUGCUGUGUGAGAGGUUGCUAAAUCACAAACGGGGGCAGAGGAAUAAAUCUUCACAGUGUUUGAAGUCCUGGGGAAACCCAGAUUUUAUUCCAGGGUUUUUUUUAGUGGAAAUUUGAGAAAAAACAGUGGAGUCUUUUCCUAUUGGAGAAAUCGAAAGGGGAAAAGGCCUUUAUAAACCCAUCCCAUCCUUUCCCUUAAUUUUUUCCCCUGCGUCUUAUCUAGAUGAGGACCAAUAGCUUACCCUUGCUUGAACUGACCACACACCAGGAGGAGUACUGGAAAAAGAAACAGUGCUGUUUUAAGUAUGUACUCUGGGAAUUUGGAAACUGUUUCCACUUGAUCUUCAUAAGCAAUGAUUUUGUCCAGGGUGUGUCUGUCAGUGUUUAGAGAACUAUGGAUCUUUCUUGCUUGUGUUUGUAGAAAUGGUUUAUUUUGGACAUGAAAUAUACACAAUGUGAUCAUUUUGUGCCUGACUUGGUGCUGUAUCCCUCUGGAAAUCUGCACUCAGAAAUUAGCCUAUAGGUCUCGGGUAUCUUGAUCCAAGUCCCCUGAGGGAUCUGUCUGAGUAUUAAGUUCAUAAACAGAGCCUAAAAGUUGUCACUUUUCCUAAAUUAGAACAGUCCUUGCCAUACAUAUUCCUUGAACCAGAAUUUAUUUGCAGAUACUUAGACGUGCAUAUAGAGCUCUUUGAACCAUAGCUCUCCAGUUGUUUUAAUUGAGGGUUUACUCUGUCCCUGCAUUGCCGUUUCAUCCAUAUGGAACUAAUCUUGAUAAUGAACACUGGGAGCUCUCUAUGUAUGAAGCACCUGUAGACCUUCUGGUCAUAAAGUGUUCUGUGCCAAAAACAUAAAUGAUUCCUAUACUUGAAUCCAAAAUGAGAGAAAGCGUCACCUGAUAGCAUAUUUCUGUAACUGCAUUCAUUUCUUUCCAGAGAUUUGAAUUAACAUAUGAACACAUUCCAGGGCUGCUUUUACCAAGCAUUUUCCACAUUUCAGCUACUUGACUCGUGUAGGUUUUUUCUGUUUUUGUUCAUGUAUUUGUGCACAAAUUGAGAAUAGCGUUUUCCAUCCUCAAAAAUACAUGCUAUAUUUUAAACCUUUUAAAAAAUGGUGUUUCCCUGGCAGGAAGCUAUUGCACAUACAAUGCUGCUUCAUACUGAAUCAGACCCUCGGUCCAUCCAAGUCACUAUUGUCUACUCAGACAAUUGGCAUGAACAGUUGUGUGUGUCUGAAAGGGAAAAUAUGCCUUAUGUUUAAAUUACAGGAAAUGCCCCUUCACUUCCUUUCUUCUUUUGCAUUUUUCAGUGAACUUCUCUAUAGUUGCUGGGAAACUUCCACCAGUAUUUUUGGCACCAAUAAAACUUUAUUUUGGGGAUCAGAUCAGAGCAACAUUGUAGCAUACUUAACAGCAGUACAUUGCCACUGUUCUGUUCUGUGAUUAUGUUUUGGGAGUUUCUAUGUUGCUAAAUAUGCCAAGUUAGCAAGUUAUGCUUUGUUUCAGAAAGAUUUCAUCUCUGUCAUUGACUUUAUGCUUGUUUUCAGAUUAUUAUUUUUUUACCAUUCCCUAUAGUAUCUGCUCACCAAAUGUCCUAACUGUUGUUUUCACUUGCACUGUG